AUGACUGGCAGCGAUCGGUCCGUUUGUACACCCGACGGAUCUUGGUCCAUGGAGCCCCCGGUGUGCUGGGAAGCCAUUCACUUCAUUGCUGCAGCUGUGUUCGUCAUUGGGAUGGAUGUCUCCGCCUUCCUCCUCUACUACAGGUGCGUGAUGGUACGGAAGCCGGCACCCCUACGGCCGGACUCGCUGAUUCCUCAGGACUACUUGGGCAAUUGGAACAGCGAUUUGGUGGGUGGCUGCUCUGCCGACAUCUCCUACGGAAUGACCUUUCCGCUUUGCCCCUGUCGGGUGGCAGCCACCUGGCAACAGGCCGGGUUGAUUCCUUUCCAGUAUGGAGUCCUGCUCCCACACUUUUGCUGCUGCUGCAUGCCUUGCAUCGGGACCUACUUCCGCAGCAUCUUGCGACACCGUUUCGCCAUCAGGAGCUUCUGCGAAAGUUGGAGCUGCCAGCGUUUUAAAGCGUAUGACAGCCUCAUAGAAGCCCCAAAUACUACAAGUAGGAUCCUUGAAAUGAGGACACUCAAAUUAAGCAUCCCAAAAGCCAGAGAGAUCGCUGUGAGUCGACAGCUAGAUGGGCCGGUGGUCUGA